AUGUGUUCUGUAGAACAGAAACCCGUGUUCCGUGAUCUAACAGCCGAGGAUCCAGAGCCGGAGGUCACUGAAAUAGAAUCUUUUUGCAUGAAUUGUCACGCAAAUGGCAUUACACGACUUCUUUUGACCCGCAUCCCAUACUAUAAGAAUGUUGUCAUCAUGUCGUUUAGCUGUGAGCAGUGUGGUUUUGAGAACAAUGAAAUCCAGCCUGGGGGCGCAUUUGCCGAGCUUGGGGUAAGAUGGAAACUUCGAGUGGAAAACCGGAUAGACUUAAAUCGACAAAUCGUAAAGACUGAUUACACAAGCGUGAAAAUACCAGAAGUGGAUUUUGAAAUACCAGCGCAAAGUCAAAAAGGAGAGGUGACUACGGUAGAAGGCAUAAUUGCCCGAGUGAUAUCGGGCCUCACACAGGACCAGGAAACGAGGAGGGCGGAGCACCCGGACGCCGCGGCGCAAAUCGACGCCUUCGUCCUUCGCUUGCAAGCGCUGAAAAACAUCGAGAGACCGUGGACACUGCUUCUCGAAGAUAUUAGCGGCAACUGUUUUGUGGAGAAUCCUGAAGCACCGAGCAAGGACCCGCGCUGCGACAGGACCGACUUCCCCAGGACCAAGGAGCAGGAUCACGCCCUCGGCGUAUUUACCCACGAGGAGGUGAGUGCCACAACCAACGGGGAUGCCUCGGAGAUCCCAGAAAUCGGCUCGUACGAUGGAAUGGCUGCGGAGGAGGUCUUGCAGUUCAGGACCAACUGUCCCGACUGCAACGCUCCUGCUGACACCAACAUGAAGCUGACCAAAAUCCCCCAUUUCAAGGAAGUGGUGAUAAUGGCGACAGUCUGCGAGGCGUGCGGCCAUCGCACAAAUGAGGUCAAGUCUGGCGGAGGGGUAGAGGAGAAAGGUGUGAAGUUUGAAGUGAGGAUAGCGGGCAGGGAUGACUUCUCCAGAGACAUAUUGAAGUCUGAGACGUGUAGUAUGGCGAUACCAGAACUGGACCUGGAGGUGGGCGGCCGGGCUCUAGGCGGCCGCUUCUCCACCCCCGAGGGUCUCCUCCAGGCGGCGGUGCACCAGCUCAAGAACGCACCUGGUCUCACGGGGGACGCACCGGCCAUAGCUCAGGAGAAGCUAGCAGGGUUUUUGGAGAAGCUGGAGGAGGUGUUGGAGGGCAAGAGGUCGGUGACGCUCAUACUGGACGACCCUGCCGGCAACUCCUACGUCCAGAGCCUCUCCGAUGACCCGAACGUACCUGACGACGGUUUGAAAAUCACCCGUUACGAGAGAUCGUACGAUCAAAAUGAUGAAUUGGGUCUCAACGACAUGAAGACUGAGGGCUACGAACAAGAAAGU